UUAAAAAAAAAAAACUAACAGUACAAAUUUUUAAAGCACCUUCUGCUUCUUUAAUUUCUCCCUUUCCCUUUAUUAACAUUUCAAGAUUUCAAGAAUUCACAAAUUCCCAUAUUUUCUUUACAUUUUCAGUUCUUGAUUCUUGAAUUACACACAACAACACAACAUACAACACAACCACACUCUUCUUCAAGAACUGUGGUUGGUUUUUCAUUGAAAAAUGAAACGCCAACCCAAGAAACUGCUACACUUUCUUGUUUCUCUAGUUACCAUUCUUUUUCUUGAUUCUUGUUCUACUAUAAACUCAGAUCUAACGGCAGACAGGCUAGCUCUUGAAGCUCUUCGAAAAGCAGUUGGUGGGCGAUCUUUACUCUGGAACAUAUCCAACGGUAAUCCAUGUUCAUGGGUCGGUGUUUACUGUCAGAAAAACAGGGUUGUUGAGCUACAUUUACCUGCCAUGGGACUUUCUGGUCAGCUUCCUUUAGGUCUUGCAAAUUUAACUGAGUUACAGUCUCUCUCUGUUCGUUUUAAUGCACUCUCCGGGACAAUUCCUGCUGAUUUUGGCCAGCUUGGUUCCCUUAGAAAUCUUUAUUUGCAGCAUAAUUCGUUUUCCGGUGAGAUUCCUGAGUUUUUGUUCAAUUUGCAGAACUUGGUUCGGCUUAAUUUGGCUGAUAAUAAGUUUACUGGUGCUAUUUCGUUGAACUUUAAUAAAUUGACUAGGCUUGCAACUCUGUAUUUGGAAGAGAAUCAGCUUAGCGGUUCUAUUCCUGAUUUGAAUUUGAAUUCACUCGAUCAGUUUAAUGUUUCUUUUAAUAAUUUAAGUGGACCAAUUCCUGAGAAAUUGUCUACCAAGCCUGCAAAUUCCUUUUUAGGAACUAGACUUUGUGGGAAGCCUUUGCCACCUUGUAAUGGCAAUGGUACUUCAAAUGGUGGUAAUGGUGACGAUGACAAGCUGUCCGGUGGAGCAAUUGCCGGGAUUGUGAUCGGUUGUGUUAUAGGGUUAUUGCUGAUUUUAAUGAUUCUGAUUUUCUUGUGUCGGAAAAAGAGAACCAAAGAGAAUGCUGGUGUUUCGGAUACAACCCGCGAACCAAAGCCUGUUGAAAUUGAGAUUCCGGGCGAUAAGCCAGCCACGGAUAGCGGUGGUAAUGCUAGCAGCACCGGAUUUGGAGGGUCUGCUGCCGUGGCGGCGGCAGCAGUGGCUAAGAGUAGUGGGAGUAAUAAGGGUUUGGUGUUUUUUGGGAAUACACCAAGAGUGUUUGAUUUGGAAGACUUAUUGAGAGCUUCUGCAGAGGUUCUUGGGAAGGGGACAUUUGGGACUACUUAUAAGGCUACUUUAGAGAUGGGAAUGGCUGUAGCUGUGAAAAGGUUGAAGGAUGUGACCGUGUCCGAGAAGGAUUUCCGAGAGAAGAUCGAGGCGGUCGGGAAGAUUAAUCAUGAGAGUUUGGUUGCAUUGAGGGCUUAUUAUUUCAACAAAGAUGAAAAGCUUCUUGUUUAUGAUUACAUGCCUAUGGGAAGCUUGUCUGCUCUCUUACAUGGAAAUAGAGGAUCCGGUAGGACUCCGUUGAAUUGGGAGACGAGGUCAGGCAUUGCACUCGGAGCUGCACGAGCAAUCGCACACCUCCACUCCCAAGGCAAAGCAAACUCUCAUGGAAACAUAAAGUCAUCAAAUAUCCUACUCACUACAUCCUAUGAAGCUCGUGUCUCUGAUUUCGGCCUUGCUCAUCUUGCUGGUCCUACCCCAACACCUAACCGUAUCGAUGGCUAUCGAGCUCCUGAAGUAACAGAUGCCCGCAAAGUAUCACAAAAGGCGGAUGUCUACAGCUUUGGAAUACUUCUAUUAGAACUUCUUACCGGAAAGGCUCCAACUUAUUCCCACUUGAAUGAUGAAGGAGUAGACCUUCCGCGAUGGGUUCAAUCCGUUGUUAGAGACGAAUGGACUUCCGAGGUAUUUGAUCUUGAGCUUCUUCGAUAUCAAAAUAUAGAAGACGACAUGGUUCAGCUCUUGCAACUUGCAAUCAACUGUACUACUCAAUAUCCUGAUAAUCGCCCGUCAAUGGCCGAAGUGAGAAAUCAACUCGAGGAGCUUUGUCGUUCAAGCUCACUCGGGCAUGAUGAUGAUACCGAGGAUACAUUACAGACAGUUUCGGUCGAUUCAGGUGCACCACCAUCUGCUUAAAUGACUAAAGAAUGAUCAUUGAUCUUCAAUUGUUUGAUAUUUUCAUUACAUUAGUAGUGCUUCAAUUUGUUUGUUUAUUUCUGGUGCAUUUUUGUUCAUUUUUUGCUUCUACUUCCUUUCUUCUUUAAUUACUUUAAUUAUAGCAGAGAAUUUUACUUGUGCACAUGCUACUUUAAUUACCUUUCAUGUUGUGUGUGAAAGGUGGAUUCCAACAUUAUUAUUUUUUCACUUUGCUGGUGUGAAAUGUGAAUAAUUAGCAAUGUUCUUUUA